UGACAGCACGAGGUUAGACUGAUCCUCUCCAGCCCAGAAGAUGUUCCGCAUGGAUAUCUCGGAGAGCAGAAUGAUGAGAGACGGUCGCUGUAAAUGAUCCCUCCUGCUUUCAUGGCGUGACUGACUAGUCUGAAAACGUUUAGCUCUCAAAGGAUGGAGCAGCCUGAGGAAGACAAAUUGUGUGGGAAAUGGAGGGUUGCCUGUGGAUACAGUUACAGCUGGAGGGAUGUCUUCACAUGGCGUCUGCUGAAGACCAUCGUCAUGGGCCAGGUCCUGUCCCUGCUGAUCUGUGGGACCGCGGUGAGCUGCGAGUACCUCGCUGAUUACCGCGUGGAGACGCCCAUGCUCCAGAGCUUCCUCAACUACGCCCUGCUGUUGGUCACCUACACCACAAUCCUCUGCACUCGCAAAGGUGACAGCAACAUCCUUCAGAUUUUAAGAAGCAAGUGGUGGAAGUAUCUGGUGAUGGGUCUGGCAGAUGUGGAGGCAAACUAUGCAGUUGUGAAGGCGUACCAGUUCACCACCCUAACCAGUAUCCAGCUGCUGGACUGCUUUGUGAUCCCAGUGCUGAUGCUGCUCUCCUGGUUCUUCCUGAAGACCCGCUACAGGCUGGUCCACUUUGUAGCCGUGAUGGUGUGCUUGUUGGGGGUGGGGGCCAUGGUGGGAGCUGACAUUUUGGCCGGAAGAGACCAGGGAUCUACCAGUGAUGUUGUGCUGGGCGAUGGUUUGGUUCUGCUCAGCGCCGCCCUCUACGCCGUGUCCAACAUGUGCCAGGAACACACGGUGAAGAGCCAGAGCCGAGUUGAGUUCCUGGGCAUGAUGGGCCUCUUCGGGACCCUCAUCAGUGGCAUACAGCUAGCUGUACUGGAAGCUCCAGCUGUAGCAGCAAUCAAAUGGGAUUUUCGUAUCGCCAUGCUGUUUGUGGUCUACACCUUGUGUAUGUACGCGCUGUACAGCUUCAUGCCCGUCGUGGUGAAGAUGACCAGCGCCACGGCAGUCAACCUGUCUCUGCUCACUGCCGACCUCUUCAGCCUCUUCUGUGGCCUCUUCCUCUUCCAGUACGAGUUUUCUGCCCUCUACGUCCUCUCGUUUGUCAUCAUCACAGUGGGUUUCAUCAUGUUCAACACUGUCCCAACGUACUCGGCACUCCCUGACAAUUCGGCCGAAGAGGCCGCCGACCAAACGGUCGAGAACUCAUCAGACCGCCUGUUGGGCGCACACGCAGACUCUCAGACACACACGGAGAUGGUCUUCACUGCUCUCUGACCAGAGAGAGACUUUAUUUUUCUAUAAUAUAGAUCAGUCUUUACUUUUUUAUUGUUAGACAUUCCUAACAAGAGAAAAAUACAUUUGAUUUCAGGUACUGUUACAUAAUUUGUAAUGUGUGUUUAUUAUCACAUCAGUUACUGCUCAUGGACUGGAAGCGACCUUUUGAAGAUGAAUAUAUAUUUUUCCAAACUUGUCAAUUAUUUUUUUAUUUUAUUUGAGCUUUAAGAAAUCACCAAAGUUUGUUUUUUCUGCCUCAUUUGCUGCUGCAGUUGUUACUCAUGCAUUGAACAUAUUGAAUUGUCAAAAGCGAAGCAUGUUAGCAUGCAUCCGGUUUACUUUUUACCUACUUUACUAAACUUGUUUUUAUA